AUGCCCGAUUCGAGGUUGACACGUAGUUAUGAUGGUCCACUUCAAAACGCGAUUGUAGCGACCGUUAAUUCGACUGAUAUUGCUAUACCGAGCGAGGAGGCGAUGGGUAAUGCCUCAGAGCGAUCUCUCAAAGAGGAGCAACCAGAGCAGCCGACGCAAAACAAGAAGGAGCUCUUGCUCCUUGCGGAACAGUGCAGAGAUGUCGCGAAUGAGCUCUUCGCGGUUUUGGAGCCUCUCAAGGUCUACGCAAAAUCGAAGGAUAUCGAAUUAAAGGCGGAAAGCAAGAGCAAAGAUAGGUGGUAUAAGCGGACUUCUUCUUUUCCUGUUGAGUGGUAUGGCUGGCAGAACUUUCGAACUGCAUUGAGGACGGUGUGGAAAGAGGACCAGAUAAAGCUCCUUGAGAACAAAGUCGACGCUUUCAGACAGCAACUCAUUCUACGUAUUCUAGUCUCAUUUAGGUAA